AUGGCUGCUCGCAGCGCCGCUCUCAAGAUCGACUGGGCCAAGGUGUCGACCUCCCUCGGCCUCCGCGGCCAGACCGCCACCUCCCUCCAAGCUUUCAAGAAGCGCAGCGACGAGGCUCGCCGCAAGGUUCAGGUCCUGUCCGAGCAGCCCCAGACCGUUGACUUCAGCUACUACCGCGGCAUCCUGAAGAACCAGGCCAUCAUCGACGAGCUCGAGAACCACUUCAAGACCUUCAAGCCCGUUACCUACGAUGUCAGCCGCCAGCUGAAGGCCAUUGACGCCUUCGAGGCCCAGGCUGUUCAGAACGCCGAGGCUACCAAGGGUAAGGUUGAGGCCGAGCUGCAGAACCUGCAGAAGACCCUGGAGAACAUCGAGACCGCUCGUCCCUUCGAGGACCUCACUGUCGACGAGGUUGCCGCCGCCCAGCCCGAGAUCGACGAGAAGACCGCCUCCCUCGUCUCCAAGGGCAAGUGGAUGCCCCCUGGCUACAAGGAGCGCUUCGGCGAUCUGUCCGCCGUCUAA